AUGGCAGACUUCCAAGCAGUGACCAGCCGCUUCUUAGACUGGUUCAAGUCAAUGGGCGGCGACUUCAAGGAAGACCUUCUCGAGAUUCGGGAUCUAAGAUCUCAGGGCGCGGGCCGUGGCAUCGUCGCCAAGAGGGACAUUUGUGAGGACUGUACAUUGUUUACUAUUCCCCGAUCCGCCAUCAUCAAUGUCGAGACUUCGGAGCUUCCCAAGAAGCUACCCAAGGUGUUUGAGGCUGCAUUCGAGGAAGAGGAAGAGGACACCGAACCGCUGGACCCCUGGGAAUCUCUCAUCCUGGUUCUUUUAUACGAGUAUUUGCAAGGUGAUGCGUCGCGCUGGAAGCCUUAUUUAGAUGUACUGCCGACAACAUUCGAUACACCGAUGUUCUGGACCGACUCGGAGCUCAGCGAGCUGAGAGGUACUGUCUUGACGCAGGAGAAAAUCGGAAAGCAGUCAAGUGACUAUAAGCUCCGCACUCGUAUCGUUCCUAUCAUUUUGCAGAAUCCAACAACCUUCUUUCCUGCUGGCCGGGAUCCUGUUAGCGAGGAUGAUCUGCUCAUCCUGGCACACCAAAUGGGCAGUACCAUCAUGGCCUAUGCGUUCGACUUGGAUAACGAAGAGGACGAAGAGGACGAAGCUGAAGGGGAGGAAGACGGUUGGAUGGUCGACAAAGACGCGCAAAGGAUGCUAGGCAUGGUGCCCAUGGCCGACAUUCUAAACGCAAACGCCGACUUCAACGCUCAUGUCAAUCACGGCGAUAGUCUCGAAGUCACGAGUCUUCGUUCUGACAUCAAAGCUGGGGCUGAAAUCUUGAAUUACUAUGGCGCUAUGCCGUCAUCUGAGGUGCUCAGACGCUAUGGAUAUGUCACACCUGAAUAUAGUAGAUAUGAUGAGGUUGAAAUUCCCCGUAGCGUUGUUGCGAAAGUACUGGGCCUCGUAACAGGCUUGUCACCGUCCGACCUAAUCGACAUGAAAGUCGAGAUUGAUGCGGAAGAGGACAGCGAUCCUUUCAUCAUCGAGCGUGAUUCAGGUGCGCCGAACGAAGAGGGCCGUCUUGUCGAAGAAGCACAAAUAAGCGAAUUUCCGGAGCUCGAAGAAGAGCUUAAAGAUGCACUGAAAACUAUCAGAAAGCAUAAGCCAGAUAUCAUUGCUGACAAACGAAAGCGCGACAUGAUCGUAACUUCUGUGUUAACGCACAUUUUAAAUGAGAAGCUUGCAGAAUAUCCAACAUCGGUGCGAGAAGAUCAGGCGAUGUUGGAAAAGCCUGGUCUGGCAAACAGACGUCGUAUGGCAAUUGAGGUUCGAUUGGGUGAGAAAAGGCUAUUGGAAGAAGCUCUCGCUUUCCUGGAGGCACGAACCGAACACGAGGCUGAGGAGAGACCAGCCAAAAGGCUGAAGCGCUAG